AUGGUGGCGGACAGAGACGUGCAGGAGGAGGAAGAGGUUCAGGAAGACCGCCUGCUCACCUCAGCGCUGGAGGAGCUUCACACAGAGCUACUGCAGGGAUUCCGUCGCUGGCGCAGCACCUGCGAAGAUAGCGACGACUUCGACAUACCCGAGAGACGUGAGGGCACCAUGCCCCCUCUUGCUGGAGCUCGCUGGACCCAGUUGCCAGCCUCCAUCUACGGGGGUCGAUCCGAUUAUGCUCUCGAAGCGUCAAGGCAGUUGGCCGAGAUUACAGCAUACUUGUUAGUCUGGGGUGAGAGCGGAAACGUUCGGUUCAUGCCAGAGGUUGUUUAUUUUUUGACGGAGAUGGUUCUCGGCGCGGAAGCCCCGGGACCAGCCGGUCUGUAUGGAGGAGGUGGAAGGCCUGCGGCUGGAUCUUCCUUUCAGAGCCGCAGCUUCCUAGCAAAGGUCGUCCGGCCGAUUUACAACGUAGUCUUUGACGAGUGGUACGAGAAGGUUGACAAGAACGGCAGCAAGGACAAAAAGAUCCUUCACAAGGGAUACGAGGCAUUUCUGCCUCCAGAUGUUGCCAACUAUGAUGAUUGGAACGAGCUCUUCUGCGAUCCGACAAGACUUGCUGCGACCAUGGUCUGCCAGGAUGGGGAGCUCUUCUGCGAGAUUGACCAUGGGCAGCGCUUUGCCAACUUACAUAGAGUGGCGUGGGAAUGGACAUUGGACCGUUUCGAGACCAAGACACAUCGUGAGGUGCACUCACUGUGGGGAUUCCUGGCCUCCACGCACAGAGUGUGGCUUGUGCACAUGCUGUUGUUUGCAGUCGGGCUCACGCUCACGAUAGCGGACCCGCCUCACAUCGAUUUUGGUCAUGUCGCUCUCCUGGGGAACACCUUUCCCGUGCGACUUGCAGCUGUUGGGCUUGUGGUGCCACUUCAUGCCAUCCUCUGGGGUUUCGCCCGGUACGAGACGACGGGCGCCACCGUCUGCCGCAGGAUCAACUCACCAAGCUGCUGGUUUGCCGGCAUCGGUCGCACCCUGCUCUGGGCAUCGCCGUUGGUCACCUAUGCUGCUUUGCGGUAUGUGGAACUGAAGGGCGAAAAGUUGUCGGAAAGCAAAGAUCUUCAGCUGGGAAUGGUGCUCUCUGCGCAUUCAGUGCUUUCUGCUUUGGGCCUGGUGGCGCACCUCUUCUUCCCAGAUCGGACCUACGACAUCUUGUUCCCCAGGACGCCGGUGCACCUCUGUCUGCUUGUGGUGCGCUACACCUUCUGGUUCUUUGUGCUUGCCAUCAAGUUCCUUGUGAGCUUCACAAUCUUUGCUUCCGUAUACCACCUGAUGCAUCGGGAUUUGCGCAUCAUCAUGCUGGGACAGCAGAGUGUCACAGAGAUGAAGUUCUCGUGGAGCAGCGUGGACUGGGGCAAAGAUGUAUUGGAGUGGGCACUGCUGUGGUUCACCACGUUCUUCCUGUUCUGUGCAGACACAGGGAUGUGGUUCACUCUCGGCUGCACAUUCCUCGGUGUUGGCACCUACUUCGCACAGCGCUCGUGUGAAAUUGGCACAUUCUGCCUGGAGGAUGCGGUGGCGAAAAUUCCUGAGAGGAUGUCUGAGAAAGUGUUUUGCUUCGUCAAGAAGCAUGUCCAGGGCCGGGAGAUGGCCCGCGAGUUUCCACUGGUCUGGGACCGCAUCUUGGAGUACAUGAGAUACGAAGAUAAGAUCGGGAACCAGUUCAUGGCAGAUCAGUCCUUCAUGACAAAGUUCGACAGCCGUGGCAUCGAGUGGAGUAGCCUGAGCAAGGCUAUCCAACCAGCCCUGCCUGGGGCCGGCGCCGGAGAUGGGUCCUCACAGCUUCGGAUCGUUAUACCGAACCUGUUCAAAGAGCAGUCUGUUAUCCAACGAGCUUGCCAAGCCUUCGUUCCGCACGCACAUUGGCCAGCAAAUGCGGAAGUACAGUGGCGACUACUCGCUUUGUCUCGUGGGCUCGGCCUUCCUAUCCCGAAGCCUUUCCGAGCGCCCUACAUACCGGGCAUCACGGUGCUGAUCCCGCAUUAUGGCGAGACCAUACUGGAGCAAAAGGAGUCGCUGUACGGUGGUCGUGCUGAUGACACAGUUCCUCUCAUGGACUGGUUGAAGGCUCGCUAUGAGGACGAAUGGCUGAACUUCGAUGCCCGUAUGCAGGCGAAACCCGACGUCCACCUACCACAUGGAGCCAAUUGGGACGAGUACACGGAUGAGCAGUGGGAGAAAAUUUGUGGCUGGUCCUCUAUGCGAUUGCAGACUUUGUGGCGAACAGUUGCGGGCAUGAUGCUGUACCAUCCUGCUCUGCAGUGCCACUAUGAAGUGCAAGGUGUGGGCCGGAUUGUUGGUGAGAGGAAGCCUGCUUUGGCCCAGGUCUGGACUCCCAAUGACUGUUUCAGUUGCAUCGUUUCCAUGCAACAAUAUGCCAAUUUCGAGCCGGUGAGAUACCAGCACACGAACCAGAUGUUUGCCAAGUUUCCGAGCAGUUUGAAGGUGGCCUACAUCGAUCAGAAAGACAAGAAUGUUCAUGCAGAGGUCGACAAUGUGCAUCCAAGACAGCAUCGGCGCUACUUCAGCUGUUUGAUCGAUGGGUCAUGCGCAGACAUUGGUGGUGGACGAAGAGCUGCCAGGUACACAGUUGAGUUGCCUGGAUACCCGAUCUUGGGUGAUGGGAAGAGCGACAACCAAAACCAUGCCAUUAUCUUCCUCCGAGGUAUCUUUAGCCAAUGCAUUGACGCCAACCAGGGAGGCUAUUUCGAGCAGAUGUUGAUGCUUCCGUGCGUUCUUGGAGAGUUCCGGACCGCGUACAUCGGCGAUGACGCCGCCAAACAAAUCAUUGGCCUUCCGGAGCACAUCACCAGUGACAUCGGAUCAGUUGGGGACUUUGCGGCAGGAUCCGAAGUGGCCUUUGGCACCAUCCUGCAGCGUACCUACGCCGUGCUGGGUGCACGAAUGCACUACGGGCAUCCUGACAUCAUGAACAAGCAGUUCAUGAUCCAACAGGGCGGCGUCUCGAAAGCCACGAAGACCAUCAACCUGUCUGAGGACAUCUUUGCCGGCAUGGACUUCACCCUGCGGGGUCAAGGUCGCUCCAUCAAGCACUGUGAGUACUUUCAUGUGGCCAAGGGACGAGACCUCGGCUUCAACACGGUGCUGGGCUUCUUCUCCAAGCUUUCCUCCGGAGCUGGCGAGCAGAUCCUCACGCGGCAGAUGUUCCGCCUCGGCCAGAUUCUGCACUUGCCUGAAGCUUUGACCUUCUACUAUGCUCACGUUGGCUACUACAUCACACAGGGCUUGGUAUCAGCAUCGAUGCCGAUUCUUGUCUUUGCGUGGAUGGUUGUUCUCGCUGGUGAUUGUGAAACAACAUUCAAGGUCUUCGAAAAUUACUGUCCCACCGUCCCUGCCGCCCAGGCCAUGGCCAACCUCCUGUCAGUGUGGUACUCGUGGGUGAUUUUCUUAUUCCUGGUGGCAACUUCCAUGCCAUUGUUUGCAGAGUCAUGGAUGGAGAGGAGUUUUGGACAUGCUGUGUGGAGAUUGGGCAAGCAGUACCUGACAUUGUCCUUCUUGAUGUUCGUGUUCCAGGCCAAGAUCAUCGGCUACUAUGUGGUGAACGAGCUGCGGUAUGGAGGUGCGCAGUACGUGGCAACAGGCCGUGGGUUGCCGACGUAUCGUCGACCUUUCAUUGGCGAGAUUGAACCUGGCACCACGAAACUGACGAAGGUCGGUGGGCUAUAUCUCGACUACGCUGUGUACACGUACUAUGAUGGAAUGCGACUACUCGCAAGCUGCAUCGUGGUAUUGCUCCUGGGUGGUGUGUCAGAUGCUGGUGGCCAAGCAUCAAGCUUGGGAUUUACCUGGCUUGCCAUCGGGAUCACUAUCGUUUCGUGGCUCUAUGGACCGUUUGUGUUCAACCCGUACCAAUUCGACUUGGGCGAAGUGCGAAACGAUGUGAGGGCAUGGAUCGGGUUCUUCCUGGAAGAUCAAGGCAAGCUGUGGGUCGAGAACUAUCAGAAGACCCAGCUGAAGCCCCUGAAGGGCUUCAGAGAGUCUGUCAUUGGUGUUACCUUCUUGAUCUCCAUUUUCUGCCUGGCCAUCUGGUUUGCCAUCUUGACGCACAAGCUCCAGCUCCUGGAGGUGAUUUACUCCGCGUACACAUCAGUUGGCACCACUUCAAUUCUCACGCUGCUUCCGCCGGUAGGCCUCUCGCUGCUGUAUUGCCUGGUCGUAAGCGUGCUCGAGGCAAUUUUGGGGUGCCCAAGGGUGGUGGUCCCACCAGCCCCGCCGCGGCGGACACGUGCCACAGAUCUAGAGGGUGCCAGUAGCAGUUCGGAAUCUGACAGCGAGGAGGCAGGAGCCAUGGGCCGUGCGACCUUGGCAGAAGCCGGAGUGCCCGUGCAUGCGGCAAUGCUGGACACAGUGGUGGAUCGACCACUUGAGAGCGACGACGAGGCAGAGCGUGGCUGCAAACUGCCAGAGGCAGUUCCCCUUGCCUUCUCUGCCUUGAUGGUGACUGCGAUUGAGGUCGUGGAAAGUCUGCUUCCGCUCUACGUCGCUUUCGACCCCUUGAAAGGAAGCGGUGCUGGGUGGAGCAAGACCUUUGUCUCAGGCUUGGUGCUGAAGUACCUGCUCUAUGAGAUAGUCUUGUUCGUUUCUGAGGGUGUCCUUCGAUCGAGGUGUUAUGACCGGGUUGGAAGUUUUCUGCAAUUCCUCAGCUUGUGGGUGCAUGCCAAUCGCAUGUUUCGGGACAUGUUCGUAUCAAGCUUCAUCCUCUUGACUCUGUCUCCUCUGGUGUUGGUGGACACCAUCAACGGAAUGCUGUGUGAGGAGUGCAGUCUUCACAACCUUCUCGUCUAUCGCGAUCCUGGACAUCUGGCUAAGGAGGCGUUCGCCCUGCACUACACCGCCGAGGAGUCCGACUCAGCGGAGGACCGGGAGGAUGGCUUGGCAAGCGGCAGGAGGGCCAGUCGAUCAGCAAGCCGGACGCUAGGAGCUAUGUGGAGCGGCAUGCGAGGGGCUCGCACGCCCUCCGUUCCACCUACGACGACUUACAGAUAA